AACCUCCCACUUCCUCAUUAACCUCCCCAUCUCCUAUAUUCUUUCCUUUUCCUUUGCCUCCUCCAAUCUCGGUAUCCCGAUCUGCAGCCGACGGAAUCCGCAGCCGACGUCAAUCUGACUUUGACGAUGUCCCCCCGCCGCUGCCGCCCUGGAAGCUCCAGGCGCCGCCCCUGUUAGCCCCAGGCCCCACCCGCGCCGCCCCUGCAAGCUCCUGCCGGUGCCGCCCCUGGUAUUCCCCGGCGUCGCCGCCCCGCAAGGCCCCACCGGCGCCGCCCCUGGUAGCCCCCACCGGCUUCGCCCCUGCAAGCUCCCGCCUGCGCCACCACCCCUGCAAGUCGCCGGCGCUGCCCCUGGAAGCGGCCAACUUCGCCUCCCCUGGAAGCCGCCUGCGACACCGCCCUUGGAAGCCGCCGGCAACGCCGCCCCUAGAAGCCGCCUGCGACACCACCCCUGGAACCGCCGGCGCAAAAUUCAGCAUAAAUCAUGGUAAGACCACUUCGAAGGUUAAGGAACUUGAACCUUGAAGAAGAAGGGGAUGCAGAACAUAUUGAGAAUGGGCAGGACAACUUAGCAAAGAAUGAGAAUAGGCAUGACAACCUAGCAGAAAAUGAGAACGAUGAUGACUUACAGGGUCGUCCUGAUGUUGAUGGAGUAUUAGCCCGCCUGCCACGCCACCAUCCACAAACCCCCAUUAAGAUUAUAAGGCCAAAUGGAGAGGUGAGACAAGUUAUAGGGAAUUUUAGAAUUUUAAAUUUAGAGGAUUUAGAUGGAGGAAAGGUAAUUGUACGUACGGAUGAAAAUGGUGUCCCAAAUGAAAGGUCAGCCUCCAUUCUUGGUCAAGACUUUGGACAGACAGCAGAAAAACCAUCAUUAGCUCCUUUACACAUUGAAAGAUGGGACAAUGCUCUGUUCAAUACUCACAAGCAACAAAUAAUCAAGGAUGUAGAGGAACACUUUUAGUUCCCCCGCCAAACGCUGAAUCUUACAAGGGACUGGGUGCUACGGAUUGUUAACAACAGGUGGUGAUCCUACAAAUCAAAGUUGAAGAAACAAUAUUUCAAUCGUGAAGAGAGAUAUCUAGAUGAAAUCAUAAAUGGGAAACCAAACAAAGUGAAUGAACUUCAAUGGAAAGCUCUUGUUGGAUUUUGGUGCCGAGAACAACAUAAGAAAGUAUGUGCCACAAACUCAAGGAUCGCAAAAGAAUAGAAGAAUACACACACAUCAAGGAGAAAAAGCCAUGCUAAGCUGAAAAAAGAGAUGGAAGAUAACCAGAAAAGGAAGGUUCAUAGGCUAGAAUUAUGGGAGGUUGCUCAUAAGAAAAAGAAUGGCAGAUACACUACCCACAAAGUGGAUGCAAUAAUGAAUGCAACAUAUGAGGAAUUAGAAAAAAGGCAACAAAACAACAAUGGUAAUCUUUCAGCUCAAGAUUUUAAUGAGGUGUUCAAUGAUAUAGUUGCAAAGGAGUUAAAAGCACAUAGGUACUAUGAUGAUAAGUACUAGAGUGAAGUUCGAGUGUCUCAAGGUUAACUUUUGUCACUCAAACUAAGGAAGAAAGAAGAUACCAAGAGAAAGUAAAUGAAAUGGAGAAUAAGAUGCAACACAUGGGUGGUUUCAUGAAGCACUAGCUUGGUUUCAUGUUAAAAAAGUUUCCUGAAGAGGAUUUCAUCAAGGAAAUGGUAGCAGAUCUACAUGAUAAUGAAGAUGGACUUCUAGAACCAGAAAGUCAUCAUGAUCACAGCCCUGCACACUCACUUGGUAAUGUGUACUCUCCCACGAAUGAAGUGCAGCAGGAGACAUCCACCCAAGACCGUACGUCUUUACCUAGUGAGCAAACAGUUGCCAAGGAGGCACAUAUUCAGAGUUCUAUUCAUGAAGGUAAUGGUAAUGCAACCACAAAUUUUUCACAGGAUACCAUUUUGACAAACAUGAGGGCUCGAAGAGUUAAAGCCCCCAAUUUGUGUCGGUCAGAAUCGAGCCGUUAUCCAGUCUAUCUUCUUUCACUAAGAAACAAAGGAAGAAUUGUGGCCAAUGCGAAGUUAGUGACUAUUGAUGCCAAACGAGACAUUGGAGGAAGCGUGCUUGGAAAGGAAUAUGUUGGGGUUUAUGUUGAAGGUCUUGAAAGUGUUGACAGUAGAAAUAAAGGAGAUGAGCUAAUACCUAGACCUGUUUCUGACAUUCGUACACUAAUAGAUGCUAUUGGCUAUGUUAUUGCAUGGCCCCAUUCACAUGUGAAGAAAGCUACAAGUACAAAUCUAAAACAACUUGGUGAUAUAACUUUUCAAGGGAGAAGUGAAGCCGCGAUGGAGAGGGGCAAGAACGGGCAAUGAAGCAUAGAGUUUAGUUGUUAUUGAAAAAUUUAGAAAUAAUUGUAUGAUAUUGUUAUUUUGUUUGUGUUUCAUUAUCAAAGCAAUUGUCUUGUUGACAGUACUUUAAUUAAUGUACUUGUUGGUUCUUGAAUGAAUUACUCAAUUUCUUUUUGGUGAA